AUGUUUGGUUACCGCCGGGAGCUGAGGAGGUACGAGGAGGUGGAUGAGGAUGAGCUGCUGGCCUCUCUGUCUAUGGAGGAGAUCCAGGAGCUGGAGCAGGAGCUGGAUCAUCUGGACCCAGACACCAACAUCCCCAUUGGGCUGAGACAGAAGGACCAGACUGCCAAAGCACCAGGGGGCACCUUCAACCGUGAGGCUCUGCUCAAGUACUGGGAGGAGGAGAACAAGAAAAAGGAGUCACAAGAUAAGAGCUGCCUGCGGGGGGAGCUAGAGACGCCCAACGCAAACAAGCCAACCUCCAAGAACAACGAGAAGAAAAGAGUUACGCAAAGAAGCAAGCCGGCGCAAAAUGGUUCUACGAAAGAUGAUAAGAAAUGCUCAAAGAAAGUGGAAUCCAAAGUAGCGAAUCCUUCGAAAAGUGACAUAAAAAUUCCAAAGUUAAACAUGGACAAGCCGAGUGAAAACCCCAUCGUCAUAGAUACGGCGUUGGAACAGAUAUUAAAAAAUGACCCAACUUUGAUUGAAGUAAAUCUCAACAACAAAGAAGACAUUUCCCAAGAUAUUUUACUACGUUUUACCGAAGGUCUUUGCUCAAAUACUUACGUCCAGUUCUUCAGUCUUGCCAAUACACACGCCGAUGACAAAGUGGCGUUUGCAAUCGCCAAGAUGCUACAAGAAAAUAGCUCGGUUAAAAACUUGAAUAUUGAAUCCAACUUUAUAUCCGGACAAGGCAUCCUAGCGAUAAUGGGAGCAUUGCGACAAAACCAGACAUUGGUUGAGCUAAGAUUUCACAACCAAAGGCAUAUCUGUGGCGGGAAAGCGGAGAUGGAGAUGAUCCAGAUGCUAAGAGAGAAUGCCACGUUGCUAAAGCUAGGCUAUCAGUUUGAGCUACCUGGUCCCAGAAUGGCGGCAACAAGUAUCUUAACACGCAACCAAGAUCAACAACGACAAAAGAGAAUGCAAGAAAAAAAGGCUCAAGAAGAGGUAGUUAAACAAGUUACAAGCCAAUUGGUAGAAAAUAAGACACAGAAAAAAACAACGCAACCUGCAAAAACUGUGGAGAAAACAAAGAAGAGUCCAACGUCUUCGAACCAAGAAUUACCAACGAGAAAGAUCGCAGAAAUGGUCAAGCAAAAGGAAGCAGGCAACAAAGUUCAGAUUCGGAAACCCAAGACAAAGAAAGUGAAAAAUGACACCAAUGAAAAGGAGAGUGAGGACAUUUUGAAGGAGCUAAGGAACAACCUGAAGCCUUCGGUAAAAAGACGAGAAGAAGCGUCCAGUCUUCCUCCACCACACAGAUCUGAGAGGGACGAUCUGAUGGCGGCCAUAAGAGGGACCAGUAUGUUCUCACUGAAGAGGGUGGAUUUGUCAAAGACAUGAUCUGACCUCUGCUGAAGAUGUUGCCAUCACUUGUUGAUUUUGUCUUUAUAAGCACCUUUUAAUGUUUGUCACUCCACCUACAAGCAUUGGAUGUACAUUUUUGUGUUCUAUCGACU